GAACGGUUUAAGUCCAAUUGUAUAUCGGCCUGAAAAAUAAGACAAACAUACUUUGAAACGUCAGAAUCCCGGCUGCAGGGAAAGGAUCACGACUCAGCGAUUAUUUUAGCAAUAUUUUCAACGAUAAUUAUUAUUCUUCUGUAACAUAUUCGAGUGUACCGCACAGUCACAUAAUUCUCAAACAAUGUCGGAUAUUCAAACUUUAAUAGACAUGGGUUUCCCCGAAGAAAAAGCAAAAAGAGCUCUUGAGGUUACUAAUCACAAGGGAGUGGAGGCGGCUAUGGAAUGGUUGUUGGCACACGCUGAUGAGGAUAUCCCUUCAAGCAGUGGUUCUUUGGCUGCCCAACCGGAACAAAUGCAGACAUCCGCGGAAGACAGCACUGCCAGCACUGGUGAUGCUUCAUCGAGUGAGCCGGCAGCCGUAGCCAAAUCACUCAAGUGUGAUGAAUGUGGAAAAUUAUUCAAAUCCCAGGACGAGGUAGAAUUCCAUGCUGCUAAGACAAACCAUAGCAGCUUUUCGGAGUCUACCGAGGAGAAGAAACCUCUCACGGAGGAUGAAAGGAAAGCACAACUAGCCUUGCUAGAGGAUAAAAUGAAACGAAAGCGGUUGGAGCGAGAGGAGAACGAUAAGAAGGAGGCACAGGAGCGAGAACGACUGAGGAUCAAGUCCGGUAAAGAUAUGCUGGAGGCACGCCGUAAACUGGAGGAACAAGAGAUGAAGAAAAUUAUGGAUCAGCGAAAACGAGAGAAGAUGGAAGAGAAAGCUGCCCGGGAUCGGGUGAAGGCACAAAUAGAAGCAGAUAAAGCUGCACGAAAGGCAAAACAAUCGGGUGAAAUCACUACUUCUCCACCGGUCACCGCCGUUGUGUCACCGCCAGCAGCAGACCAAACAGUGAAACCAGCAGCAGCGAAAAACUAUAGCAAUGCACGCAUACAGAUCCGUCUGUUGGAUGGUAGCACUCUUGUCGAGACGUUUGAAGCUAAGGAACAACUAGCAGCAGUGCGAUUGUUUGUCCAACUGAAGCUGGGAACCAAUCCGGCACCGUUCGGAUUGAUGACAAGCUUUCCCCGGAAAGUGUUCAGUCCGGAGGAUUAUGACGUACCGCUCGAGCAACUUGGUCUGGUACCUUCGGCAGUGUUGAUCGUCACAAAGUCACCGUGAGCAGGAAUUGGAGAGUUGAAUUAUUAUCUAAGAGCGAGACUAACAACAAGCAUGUAAGGGAAUAAAUGAUAAACUUUAAAUGG